AUGUCGUUAUAGGGCCGCUCAUAAGUCUGAAUCUCUUAAACCCUAGCCGCUUCCCUUAUUUCACUCUCUCCCAGUACUAAAACCCUUUGCCUCUUUUCUUCUUCCAAGUCCAUAAUUGAAAUGGCAUUCUUUAACAAGCUCGGGAGCCUGGCAAGGCAGUCAAUUUCCCAGAAGGGGCAAGUUCCAAUGGUGUCCAUGUUGAACACCAUUCGCUGCAUGUCGUCAUCCAAGCUUUUCAUUGGAGGGCUUCCAUGGUCAACUGAUGACCAUACUCUUAAGGAAGCAUUUUCUGGCUAUGGAGAAGUGAUAGAGGCAAGGGUUAUCAUGGAUAGAGAGACUGGGAGAUCUCGUGGAUUUGGGUUUGUUAGUUAUGAUAGCAGUGAAUCUGCCAGUGAAGCACUAUCAGCAAUGGAUGGCCAGGAGCUGGGUGGAAGAAAUGUUCGCGUGUCCUUUGCUGAGGAGAGGAGCCGACCACCACGAUCUUACAAUGACGAUUACCAAGGGAAUCGAGGUUUCGAUAAUUGAAGUUGAUGAACUACAGCUUUAUGCGCUGCUAAGGCCCUAAAUAGCCUUGCUGCUUUAUCUAGUUGCUUCUAGCUUAGUAGAGAUUGCAUUUUUAUUUUCUUGAUUAUUUUGAAGUAAAUCCUAACUUUAUCCAUGUUUUGGGUUGAUGAUUACAUUUACAGAGAUAAGGUUUUGAUGUACACAAUUAAAUGGGGGGCAUUUUCUUUU